AAAAUUAAAAACCACCAGAGACUCGUUUAUUUUAAUAACUAAUAGUUUUCAUGUGCAAGUUAAAUAAGUUAUUCAAUUGUUAGUCUUGUCGCAUAUCAAAUUCACCUGCAUGAAUAACUCGCUUGACCUGUCGUCGUGCUCCCUACCCGGGGCUCACUCAUGUGAACAUUCUCACGUGGUUCCUUGAGGUUUGUGUGUCUGCAGUUAUGUGAUUUGAGAUCCCUUUAAACUUCACUUCCUCUCCUCCUGAGACAGUAACAUGCCUCUGGAGGAGGAACCAACACCCACUGCUGAGAAUGCAGAUAGGGAGCAAACCAACAGGCCCUGCAGCUUGGAACAGCCUGUCGCUGGUCCCUCAAACUCCUCACAGCGCCAGGGCUUCUGCAGCUACUGUCAGGUUGUGUACAACAGUGUAGAGCAGCACAUCCAGAGCACCCGGCACAGAGAAGUGGUGGUACGAACAGCGCGGACAAACUUGUCCUCUGGAAGCCUGCUGGAGAGAUUCCUCCAAGACGUGCUUCAUCACCAUCCUCAUGGCUACAACGACACACGUCCUACCCAUGCUGACCUGCCUUGCCUGAGUAAGUUACCAGUUCCAAGAGAAGUAUUAUCAGAGGUGCACUGUAGAUCAGAGGACGAUGGGCUCUCUGUGGGGACCAGAGAGGAAACGCUCAGUUCUGCUGAAGAAUCCUGUCACAUGGUGCAAGCUGAACCCACUACCACAUGUAGUAUGAGUCAAGAACAAGCAAGCACUUCUGUCAAUGUACCAAUGAAAACAAUUGUUCAAACUGGCCUUAAAACUGUGCAAAUAAAAGUUGAACCCCCAGUCCCUGAAAGAUGUUCCCCCACACAGGGGUUCUUACAUAGGACUAAUAUCAAGUCUGGUACAGACAAACAACACACAUCACAAAUGUUGGCACAAACAGUCACUUCACAAAUCCCACAUUCUCAACAGCCUUGUAGCCCACAGACUUCAGGAUCCCCUAAAUUUCAACACAGGAAAGCACACAGAAAAACAAAUAGACUUAGAGAAGAUGAUGAUUCAAGCCCAGGUACCCCUACAUCACCAGUCACAAAGUGUGCCACCUCAAAACCCCAGCACAGGGGGUUGCAACUAGCUAGGACUGUAGUCCCAACACCCUGUAAGGGGCCACACAGGAAACGGACAUUCAGCGAAAAUUCAGACCAAAUACAUGAGGUAAUUGAAGAGGUUAUCGAGAGGCACUGCUAUGGCCGCAGUCCCAAACCCAACCAGGAGGACGAAAGUGUUUUCCACCUGAGCCUGCAAUCCAGUGACUCUAAAGACAGUGAUGAAUGGGACAACACCUUUCAGGCAUCUUUGCCAAAAAACACAACCGAAGAUGAUCGUCUAGCACGCCUUAUGCAGGUACAUAUAAACCUUGAGGAUCAAGAGUACAAAGCCCAGCUGGACACAGCACUAAAUAAUGUGUUGGAAGGUGACAAGAUGGAGCCUGUGGAUGGAAAAGAGUACGAAGCUGAUGAAAUCAUUCCAAAUCUUCCCCACAUACCCCCCUCCUUUGUGGGAAAGACGUGGGCACAAGUAAGGUAUGAGGAUGACUUAAAGAUAGACUGUCUGGUGAAAGAGUUCCGACAGGGUCGCUUUCGUUGCUAUUUUGACAGUGAGUCGCUGGCUAAUUUUGGGAACCACAAUAGGAAAGAUAAAGAUCAGCAGAAUCAAGAGGGAAAUGAGGCGGAUUUUGUGUGUAAAGAUGUCUUACCGCUUAUUGAGCAUCAUGAGGAGGACCAACCUGUGUACAGGAAAUCCAGGUCUAGAUUAUACCGAAUAGCAUCACGCUGUCAAGUGGUUAAAGUGAGCCAUGGAACACAAACUGCAAACUUGAACUGCCCUGUAGUGCGGAGAAAACCAAUACCCGAAAGUGACACCCUGCUGAGUACCUGUGAGACUCAGAAAGACCCAAGUCCUGAAAGGACCCCAGACAUGAAAACAAGAAUGUGCGCACUCAAGCUACCUGCAUCUUACUGUAAGAUUAUGAGUCCUUUACAGCCUAAAACUGUGGUUUACGUUCUAUCUUUCCCAGAUAGUGGACAGGGUUCUUUUAAGCCUACCCCAGUUAAACGGGUGGGUAAAAAGAGGAAAUCAAGUGAUGAGGAAAUUGCAAUUAAGUACAAGUACAAAAAGACCCCUCUUAAAUAUUAUGAUCCCCUGACCAACAGAAUACUAAAGACUCCACCUAGAGGGGUGCCCUCAACUCCUACUUUCAAAUCUCUUUCCCAUGUUAGACAGUUAUUCCGAAGUCUCAGUCCAGACAUCAACAAGGAACUCCAUGGUUCAGCACAGGGACGGUCACCUCGAGGUUCUAAAAAAAGUCGGGGUGAGGGUAGCAUGGCAGACCAUUGUGCUUCUACCUCUGGCUCUUGGCUGGACAAUGGGGGCCCCUCUGAGCCUGGAUCUUCUGUUUCCAGCAGGAAGGCCCUGUUCAGCCGAUCCUCCAUCUCCAGUAGCAGUCGUUUUCUCCUGGGACAGAUAAGGUCCUCUGCUUCCCACACAAGCAGCUCCUCAAGAGCAAAAGAGCCUUCCGGUACAGACGGUUCUCUUAAGGUUCCGGGGACUAAGCUAAAAUCAGACCACACACAGACACACUUGGACCAACCAGCAAGCAGACGUCGCAAACAGGGACAGAGACUUACAGAAAAACCUCUGACUCCUGCAAAGAAACCAUCCUCACCUCCUUACCGGACCAAGCGGAAGUCCCCAAAAGCCAGAGCAAAGUCAAGGAAUGUUCUCCAGCGAAAAGUCAGCACUCGUGUUGCUUCAGGAUGUAGAGCGUCCACCCGGAAUAAAAUUCCCACCAGAGCUUCAAGAAGACGUUAAGCAUCUGCUUACCUGGAUGUCGCUGUUGUGAUCGGUGCUAUUAAGCCUGUACAGCAGGCUGGACAUAAACACCAGCAUUUCUUUGACCUCUUUUAUAAAGAUGAGGAGGAGACGUGUAGGCAGAAAGCAACAUCUGUUCUCUGUCCAUCCAUUGCUGUAUAA